AUGAUACUAUUGGACGACAACUUCGCGACAAUCGUGACGGCCGUAGAGGAGGGCCGACGCAUCUUCGACAACAUGAAGAAAACCAUAGGCUAUAUACUGGCCGGCAGUGUCACCACAUUAUACCCGUUCAUGAUUUACGUCAUAUUCGGCUUUCCCAUCGCCAUCGGCACCAUCACUGUCCUGUUGAUCGCGUUGGGCACCGACAUGAUGCCCGCCAUAUCGCUGGCCUACGAGAAGGCCGAGUCCGAUAUCAUGAAACUACAGCCCCGUAACCCCAGGACCGACGUGUUGGUCACCAGGAGUUUGCUGUUGAGGUCCUACUUUCAGGUGGGGGUCAUUAUGUCGAGCGCCGGCUUUUUGGGCUAUUUCGUGGCGUUUAUGCAUCAUGGAUGGAAACCAUGGGAUUUGUUUCAAUUGAGGGUCAGUUGGGACGACGUCAACAUUAAUGACCUCCAAGACUCGUUUGGUAAUCCAUGGACCUACGAGGACAGGCAACUCGUGCAACGCAUAGCCCAGAGCUCGUACUUCUGUUGUAUAGUCGUGUGUCAGUGGAUGGACGUCAUUGUCUCCAAGACUCGCAGGGUUUCCAUAUUCACGCAACAAAUGGGUAACUGGGUGCUCAACUUCAGUAUAUUCUUUGAGACGGGACUGGCGGUGCUAUUCUGUUAUACCCCGGGCUUCAACACUGUGCUAAUGUUGGCACCCGUAAUAGGUAGG